AUGGCGUGUGGGUGCAAGCGAGUGGGUGUGGGUGCGCGAGUGGCGGUGGUGUGCGCCGAGUGUGGCGUGUGGGUGCGCGAGUCGAGUCUGCGACGGGGAGUCGACUAUGUUUGGCGCGAGGAGACGAAUCGGCGUAGUGGCCGAGAUCGCGCCGCGCGGCGAAGUGACCCCUCCGGAACGCCACCGUAUCGCAGGGCCGGCGCGCGCGGACGCGGGGCGGGCGCGAUGGCGUCGCGCGUGGCGUCGGGCGGAUCGAUGCCGGCGCCGCGCCGGGACGUACGAAAGAGGGAAAAUAAAGAGUGCACUGAAGUUUCUUCUUCUUUCCUUUUUCAUUUUAUUCUUCUUUUUGUUUUUCUUCUUCUUCUUUUUGUUUUAAUUCUUGUUCUAUUUGUUUUUAUUCUUCUUCCUUUUGUUUUUCUUCUUCUUCCUUUGUUUCAGCUAUCCAAUGUUUUUGGAGUCUUGCUGAACUUUUUAUUCCGUGUGAGCAGAAUUCGAACCACAGAAAAAGAAAAUGUUUCAUUCUUUAGUCCAAAAGUCAUCACAGUUUUUGGAGAGUUUUCGUACCUCUCGGAUGGAAUUGGAAAUUUUGCGACUAUUUUGACCCAUAAAAACGUCACCGCAGUCAGAAUAAUUUUCUUUGGCAAACACGCUGCUACGUGUUUAACAGCGCCAUCCAGUAACGAAACUGAACGAGUCUUCUCAUCGUUUUCUUUAAUGACGCUAGACGCGCUGAUUACGUUCGUGUCAUGCCACAGUGGGAUGCUGCGAGCUUCUGGACUGAGAAUUCAAGUUCAACUGGAGGCGCGCGCGUUGUAUCGUGAAUUCCUACGCAAUUCGUCUCGCAAAUGUCAUGACAGCGCUGGGAACCCAAGCAACGGAAAUGACCCUCCAGCUGUCGAGAAAUGGAAGCUGUGAAUGUGACGGAAUUGUUAGAAACACGACAGCAGGAAUGGGACCCUCUGAAGAAUAUGCAAGACUUUGGUGAUGGCAAAGUGUCCAAUUCUGCAUAGGGUAAGUAGUCUCUAUUUACCUCCUCCGAUGAGCAUUAAGACUUUACAGAACUUCAGGUGUAAUCUGUGACAUAUUAAACUGUCAAUGCAGAUGUGGUAAAGAAUAGGCAAAAUCAGAACCACGUUUGGAGGGAAUCAAAGACUGCAUGUUUCUGCCAAACCACAGUGCCUAUAAAUCAGGGGAAAAUGACAAAAGUGUAACUUCGUUACAUGAGAUUUUCUAUUAUAUGUUCGUUCACAAAUAGAUAUUUAGUCGACUCCUUACAUGCCAUAGAAACUUGUAAUAUUUAUUCUGAGAAAUGUGUGUAGUGUUAGUUUGGGCACUAUGUCAAGGUGAUGUGUGUAUCAACGGAAUUGACCCCAACUCUAUUCUUGUGUUGCUCUUCGUUUUCCUUUAUCUUCGUUGAUUUUAAUUAAAUGAUAUUAACAGGGGAUGUUGC